CGCUGAUAUGUAGUACCCCGUCCUCUGUAUACUUACCUCUGGACUCUGAUCUUCUUCCCCACCGAAAACGAUCGAGAAUUUGUCCGUCUUGUUACCCCAAUUCUUCUGAUUCUCCAUCGAUAAUCCAGAGACCAUCAACGACGACUCAAUCCUACCAGACGAAAUGGUCCUCCUGCUUCUACCAUGCUGAAUCCUCCCUCUCCUCUGACGAGGAAACGACCUGCCGACGACCUGUUGACCUCCGCACGCUCCGAAUCAGCCUUGUCUUCAACAGCAACCACAGCAACCACAGCAACCACAGCAACCACAGCAACAGCAGCAACAGGAAAAGCGACUUCUUCCUCUUCCUCUUCCUCUUCCUCGUCGUUCCGUAACGUUUCGGCCUGUAAUCGAUGCCGCCUCCGCAAGAACAGAUGCGACCAGCGGCUACCGCGGUGCCACGCGUGUGAAAAGGCCGCCGUGCGCUGCGUGGGGUACGACCCGAUCACGAAACGCGAGAUCCCACGCAGCUACGUGUAUUUUCUCGAGUCGAGAGUGGCCUAUCUGGAGGGGGUGCUGAGGGAAAAUGAUUUUGAUUUCAAACCUGGGGUUGCUUUCGAUGAAGAGGAGGCUUUGAGGAUUGAGGCGGCGGACAGCAGCAGCAGCAGCAGCAGCAGCAGCAACAAGGAUGGAGAAAGGGAAAGGGAAAAGGAAAAGGAAAAGAAUCUUGAUAAGGUGGAAAAUAAGGUGGAAAAUAAGGUGGAAAAACUAAAGGGAGGAAAACCCACAGGGCCAGGUCUGGAUAAUCUCGUGUCGAAUAUCGGCAUGGUCUCGGUGCAGGGCACCUCUGACCCACGAUACCUGGGCUCGACGUCUGGGAUCUCCUUUGCGCGUGUCGUGUUUGCGGCGGUCAAGAGCUCGGUCGCGAGUGCUUCAGGAUCAUCAGGCUCGAUUGUACGUCCCAAGGAGAGUCUGCCGCACAGCGCGACAGGGACGGCGGGCAGCACGACCCGCGACUCCUUCUUUGGUCUACAGACACGUCCGACGAUGAACUGCGCGGCGUUUCCGGACCGCGAGCUGGGCGAGAAGCUCGCCGACUUGUACUUUGAACAUGCGAAUCCGCAGAUGCCCAUCCUGCACCGCGGGGAUUUCAUGGAGUUGUUCGAUCGGACCUACGCCGUCGACGAGCCCCUGCGCUCCCCUCGCAGUCUGUAUACCCUCAACAUUGUUUUCGCCAUCGGGGCGGGUAUCAUCUUUGAGGACAAGCCCGCCACGCCGGACGAGAAGCAUCUUCCUCCUUCGGCGGAAAGUGGUGGUAGAGGCGGCGACGACGAUUCCUCGCCCAGAGCCACUGCCGCCAACAAACGGCAACGCUUCGCCCCGGAUCAUCAGUACCAGCCGGAGGAAUAUCAUGCUUCGGCCAUUGUCCAUCUGGAAUCCUUCGUCAGCAAUUCGGCUUCGGGUACCGACGGCUUCGGUGGCUUGGAGGAACUCCAGGCCGUCCUGCUGCUGGCCAGCUUUGCCCUGCUAAGACCCGUCGCUCCGGGUCUGUGGUAUAUUGUCGGCGUCGCGAUGCGCCUAGCAGUCGAUCUCGGUCUACAUUACGAGGACGGCACGGGUAUCGACGAUCCUAACAACAACAACAACAACAACAACAGUAGCGCCGGCGCCAAUAACAGCAAUAAUACUCGCACAAUUGAUGCGCGUGAACGUGGUCGCCGCGAGUGGGUGCGUGACCUGCGUCGCAGACUGUGGUGGUGCGUGUACAGCUUUGACCGGCUCGUGGGCACCUGUGUCGGCCGUCCGUUUGGCAUCUCCGACCAAGUGGUCACCACCGAGUUUCCAUCAAUGCUCGAUGACCAGUUCAUCACCAAGACGGGCAUCCAUCCGCCUGGCGUCUCGCCAGAGGGCACCACUGCCCUCCCCGCCAGCUACAAGCUGGCCGCUCACCACUACUUCAAGCUGCGGCUAUUGCAGUCUGAGAUCCAGGAUGUUCUGCAGUACCAGCAGGCCCGGUUUGCGCGACAGCGCGCUGCACACGCUCGGUUCAUAUCAGCCACCUCUUCCUCUUCCUCUUCCUCCGCCGUGACCACCACCGACUUUGUUCAUUCCCACCUUUCCUCGCCCUUCCUGCAAGGGUUCGACUCCUUUCGCUCCUGGCGGCGCGAUGUGCACCAGCGGCUUGUCGAAUGGAAGGAAGGGGCCCCCUCGCAACAGGAGACCGGCGUGCGCUUCCCCGUCGGCUUUCUCGAACUCAACUACUGGCAGGCCGUCAUCACGCUCUACCGUCAGAGCCUCACCGUGCCCGCCGAGCUGGCAGGGGAGCUCACCCCGGCCGACGACGGGCCUAGUCCUUCCUUCUCUACCUUGGAGGACGCCGAAGACGAAGAUGACAUCUACCUCAAGGUCGCCGAGGCGGGGCAGAAGGUCCUGCGCAUCUACCGCCAGAUGCACCAUGUGCGCCUCGUCAACUAUACCUACCUUGCCACGCACCAUCUCUUCAUGGCAGGAAUCUCCUUUUUAUACGCCAUCUGGCACUCUCCGUUGGUGCGAAGUCGACUGACCCUCGAUGAUGUCGAUUUCACCGUGUUGGCCGCCACCUCGGUCCUGGGCGACCUGAUGCACAAGUGCCCGCCUGCCGAGGCCUGUCGCGACGCGUUCGAACGCAUGAGCAAGGCAACCGUGCAGAUGUGCCUGUCGACCACCGGCUUCGGGUCGCAGGUCGACACGUCGCGCGGAUACAACGGCGGCGGUCCACGCAUGCAGCCCGUGCCGCUAUCUACCCACCACCACCACCACCACCACCACCACCGGCCGAGGCCGAACGAUGCUCGUCGACAGGGACAGAUGCAAGCACAGACGCAAGGACAGGGCAACCACAGCAGGCGGUCAAAACAUCCGCGUCCCUCGCGUCCCCUACCCCGGUUCGACAUGAACCUGGGGGAUUUGUUUCACGAGAGCAACACCAACAACAAUAGUCCGGAUCGUUCGAUACAGCAACCGCCGUACCCUUCGCGCCCGCAGUCGACAGAAUACUACCGUACCCAACCGGAGAACUCGCUUUCUCCGCAGCAGCCGUAUGUAUAUGCGAACUCACCCCAGAGUGCCUCUCCAGGGAGUGCUGGUGUUCCACCGUACACACAACAACAACAACAGCAGCAGCAACCCUUCCAGACAGCAGAGCACAUUCCUAGCCUUGAUUUUCUAAACUUCGAUCCCAUGAGCGAGCCUCCCGCCCCCGAUACCGAGGGACAGCCCGGGUUCAGCAGUCUGCUGGGGGCGCCAGGAAUCGAUCUCGGAUUUGGCAUGGCGGUGGACUUUCAGCAUGACUGGAGCGAGACGUCCAAUUUCGAUCUACUCGAAGGCUACUUUUUUGGAGGGCAGGGGGGGGGAGAUCUAGUCGACUAGUAGUACAUAUUGACUAUUACGAGUAACUAGUACUACAGUAGAGAGAGUACUACUGACGAUUUAUGUCUUGAUACCAUUAUGAUCAGUUUAAGUCGAUUGAUUUAUAUAUUUUUUAAUUCCACCCUCCCAUUCUCUUUCCCU